UCUCAAAAGACUGUAGCAUAUAACUCCUUUUAGGCUCGGGUUUAAAACCGAAGCAGCAAAUGAUUGUAUCUUCUGGCAUCACAAGUGAACAGCUAACUCUAAGCCACACGUAAACAGGAUCAUUCAAUUAUAUCCUGCCCACUAAUACAGCUAAGGGGCAAUAUUAUUUUUAUAAGGAUUUGAAUCUGAUCUGUGAAACAACAUUAAGCCUGGGCACCCUCUCCUUUUAGUCUCAUCAAUCAUUCCCACAACCUUUCUCACAAAGACUGAGAAAACAGUAGCAGCACCAAGCCAUCAGUAAUGGAGAGAAAUCCAACAUAUCUAAGCAUCCUCAUCGUCUUAUCCUUCGCCAUUUUUGCAAAAUCUGUAUCAGAUGAUGAUAUGAAAUGUGUGUACACAAUCUACAUCAGAACAGGAACAAUAUUAAAAGCAGGAACAGACUCCAAAAUCAGCCUUGAAUUAUGGGGUAAAACUGGAGAUGGUGUUCGAAUCACAGAUAUCGAGAGCUGGGGCGGGCUUAUGGGCCCGAACUACGACUAUUUCGAGAGAGGUAAUUUGGAUGUGUUUAGUGGAAGAGGCCCAUGUCUUAAUGAAAAUGUAUGUGCAAUGAAGCUGAUCUCUGAUGGAUCUGGGGAACACCAUGGUUGGUAUUGUAAUUAUGUUGAGAUCACCACAACUGGGCCCCAUGCCAAAUGUGCUCAAAUCAAAUUUGAUGUUGAACAAUGGCUUGCUAGUGAUGCUUAUCCUUAUCAGCUUUCUGUUACAAGGAAUUAUUGCCCUGUUAAGGAUUCUGUUCCUGCUUUGAGGUCUAUUGCUUCUUCUUAAUUUGUUUUAUGUUUGGUGAAACUUUGUGGUUUGUGAUGAGAAUGUGAUGAAGAAUUGAUCAAUUUGCUUCUUUCUUGUAUCUUAUUAAUAUUUAUGUUGAUUAAAUAAAACUUUUUUGAGAUUUUCUUUUGUGGGUUUGUU